GAUAAACUGUUUUCAACAAUCCCUUCGGUCAGAGACGUUGCGAUUCCUUGUUGCCACUUUGAAAUUAACUCUCAGUCAGGCAGCGUCGGCAAGAAGUAAGUUUACUCGGAUAAACGAACCGAGACGAAGAUCAUCUUUCGUAAGAUCGUCGGAGGAGCCAAUUUCGUUUACAAAAAUCAUCGCCGAGUAUCGUUAAGUUUAAAGAAGAUGGUGUCAAUGGACGAGGAUCCCAGGGCCAGAGAGUUUUUGACAACGUACAACGGCGCUAAAAUAACGCCGAUUGCGAAUCGCGAUAAAAGCUCAUUGUCGGAAAAGGACGUGGAGAAAACAAGGAAAGCUGAGGAGGACGCGACUGGAGCAAAAAUUGAGCUUAAAGUGUACAAGAGACGUUGGCUCCAGUUGGGACUGUUCUUCAUCUACGCAUUGUCAAACGACCCGCAUUGGACGCAGUUUUCAUCUAUCGGCAAAACGAUUUCCCGGUACUACAGCGUCUCUCCAACAACGGUCUCCUGGACCUCGUCGAUCCUUCAGGUGACCUACGUCGUCAUGAUCAUGCCGGUUUGCUGUAUGAUAGAUCGCGUCGGUCUGCGAUGGGCCUGCCUGAUCGGUUCGAUCGGGAUCUCGAUCGGCUCCUGGAUCAUAUUCUGGUCUCUGUCACCGGAUCGGUUCGUUACGGUUGUCCUCGGUCAGUUGGUGAUCACCUUUUCGCAAGUCUUCAGCCUAACCGGACCGGUUAAAUUGGUAGCUCUUUGGUUCGGUCCGAAUCAAGUAGCCACUGCGACGUCGAUCGCAUUCUUUGGCGGACCGCUCGGCAUUGGUCUGUCCUUUUUCGUCACACGGAUGAUCCUGAGGAAUCACGACAACGUCGAAGACAUUGGCAGGGAAUUGUCGCCCGUCUUCUUGUCCGCGGCAGCUUUUUCCACCGUGGUGACGAUUGCUCUGUUUUUUUUUUUUCAGGACGAACCACUCGUGCCGCCCAGCAGAGCUACCGCUCUUCAAGUAACUCACAGCAAAGUCGAAGAUACAAGAUUCUGGUCGACUGUGAAAAGAGUCAUGACCAACAAAAGUUUCUUCGCUGUUUGGAACACCUAUGGCAUGGGUUACGGGUUAUUCAGCACCAUGUGUUACAUGCUAAACCCGUAUUUUCUGGAUCACUUUGAGAACGGGGAAGAAGACGUCGGAAGGCUUGGUAUCCUGGUUGUAAUCGCGGGAUACUUUUGUUCCCUCACCUUUGGUAUAAUCUUGGACAAGACGAAGCAGUUCAAAGAACUCGGUGUCUUCGUCUACAUCUUUCUUCUUGUCGGAGAAAUCCUGUUUGCCGUUGGACUGAGGAUGGAAAUCAGAUGGCUGAUGUUAACAGGUUUCAUGAUUUUCGGUUUAUUUGCGGCCAGUUAUGGAAGUCUAGGUUUCGAAUUGGUUGGCGAAGUUGUUUAUCCUGAAUUAGAAGACGCGUAUGCGGGGCUUUUAAUGUUCGGCAAUCAGCUUUACGGCGGGAUAUUUUCAGUGAUCAUUAGUAGCUUACUGCAAAACUACGGAGAAAUAGUAGUUCAUGGAUUUGCCAUCGCUGUUCUAUCUUUGGGCUUGGCAACCUCCGGAUUUACCGAAAUCGAGCUCAAGCGUCAAAAUGUUGAAAAACACCCCAACGAAGGGUACAAUGUCGAUACGCCGUUGAAACCACUAAAGUCCUGACUGAUACAUCCGGAGACAAAGACUCACUUACGGUACCUACUAUGACAAUGUUCCUCUCUCUUUUUUUUUUUUUUUUUGUCUCAACUCAAAUGUGCGACUUAUCUGGUAAUAUCAGAAUUCGAUAAAUCGUUAUGUGCCCGAAAAUAUCCGUGAUCUAAUAGUUUUCGGUGCAUUAAUUGCAUACAGAUAUCGAGGCCUAAGGGAAUAUUGUGCAACGUAUUAUUCUAUUAUUUAUUAGGAAAAUCAGGAGAAUGGAACAAAGCACAGUGGUUUUAUAAGAUAAUUUUUCAACACACGUUUCUUUUCUACAAAUCACAUCAAAACGUGAAAAAAGUGGCACGAAUGAUUAAGUAUACGUAUAUGUAUAUUUGUAUAUUGUCGAAAAUUGUUUUUUUUUAUACGGAGUAAGAAAUAAAGAUUCGUGUAAGCUACGUGCUUUGAUAUUCGCAUAUUUAUAUUCAUUGAAAUCUUUUCGCCUCAAUAUCAGCUUUUACUUGGCAUAUUUUAUAGCGCACAUUUAGUGUUAAGCGAGGGAUGGUAAUGAAUAAAAAUGAAAAGAUCAUUAAAAUCUUAUAAUCUCUACAAAAAUAUUUGAACUCCAAUUAUUGAUUGUUUAUUAUUUUUCUUCCGUGCCGUCCCCGUUCUACUUAGCACAAUACUUUACAUACGGAUUAAAAGCUAAUAGUUUUCGGCGAAUAAUUAAUUGCAUACAGAUUAUCGAGGCCUAAGGGAAUUUCGUGCGACGUAUCAUUCUGUUAUUUUAUCACACCGAGUGGAUGUAAAUUAAGAAA